ACGUUUUUAGUAAAUGCAUUUGCUACAACCAGAGCCCAUCGCAUACAGAUAUUGGAUCAAAAGAAGAGUUGAGGAAAUAUUUCUAUGCGAGAUUUAAUAAAUUAACUUCACAGAAGUGUGCAUGGAGAUUGACUGUUUAUUUAUUAAAAGGAGGUAGAGAAUUUAAUUUCAUUAAACUGUUUUUAAUUUGAUUGGAACCGAACAAGUACAUAAAUGUUUCCUCUACACUAAUACGGAAUGUGGCAGAUUCUCUCGGGGGAAAAUCUCCAAAGAUAUAUUUCGCUUGAUUAGACCAAACGUCAAAUAUUAAAAGGAUAGCCUUUUAGUUAUGGCUAAAAACUUCAUAUAAUCCAGAUGAAAAUACGCUUUAUAUCGGAACAAAGUUAUACCCCUUUUACUGUGCCUACUUAAACACCACCGGCGACAAAAAUUAUAUUGGUGAACUCGGACAUGCACUCUGAUGAGAAUAUGGCUUUCGGUGCAUCGGCAACACAAAUACAAUCUAUAUCCGGUUGUAGCGGAGGAUCUUACGAUGGAAAAAUAGCAGGAUUAUAUGAUUUAGAAGAAACCUUAGGCUCCGGACACUUUGCUGUAGUGAAACUGGCUCGACAUGUAUUUACUGGUGCUAAGGUUGCCGUAAAAGUUGUAGAUAAGACUAAAUUAGAUGAAAUAUCUAAAGCCCAUUUGUUUCAAGAAGUAAGAUGUAUGAAGUUGGUACAACAUCCAAAUGUGGUGCGUCUCUAUGAAGUUAUUGACACGCCAACUAAACUAUACUUAGUUUUGGAAUUGGGUGAUGGUGGUGAUCUAUAUGAUUACAUAAUGAAACAUGAAGGUGGUCUUAGCGAAGAUUUCGCUAGAAAAUAUUUUAAACAAAUUUUAAGGGCUAUCACCUAUUGUCAUCAGUUACAUGUUGUUCACAGAGACCUGAAGCCAGAAAACGUUGUGUUUUUUGAGAAAAUUGGUGUCGUUAAAUUGACCGACUUUGGAUUUAGCAAUAAAUUUUCUCCUGGUCAAAAGUUAGAAACAUUUUGCGGUAGUUUGGCUUAUUCUGCACCAGAAAUUCUUUUAGGAGAUUCUUAUGAUGCGCCAGCUGUUGACAUAUGGUCACUGGGAGUAAUACUUUAUAUGCUUGUUUGUGGUCAGCCACCUUUUGAAAAAGCUAAUGACUCGGAAACUUUGACCAUGAUUAUGGACUGUAAGUAUACGGUCCCACCACAGGUGUCGCAACAUUGCAAACAGUUAAUUAGUUCAAUGUUGGUUCGUGACCCAAAAAACCGCGCUACCCUUGAACAGAUUGCCGCACAUCCUUGGUUAAGCGAAUUCUCUGAUUUUGAUACGGCAGAUAGUUUGCCAUUGAUAAGUCGGCAAGAACUUAGUGAUGAAGACCACGCUUUCAUUAUACAGAAAAUGAUAAACGGAAAUAUAGCUCCUAAAGAGGAAAUUUUGCAUGCAUUGGACAAAAAUCAAUACAAUCACAUCACAGCAACAUAUUUCCUCUUGGCGGAAUUGAGGCUCCGUAAACGUCGCGAAGAGCAAUUACCAAAAAAACAUACGUCUAUCCUCUUACCCGACGUAGUGGCGGCUAAGACUAAUCUUACAGAUUUGAAGCGUGAGCAACAACCAGACAUUAAAAUAAAUUCAUUGGAUUCAAAUAAAAUAAUAAUGCCAAUAAAUUUGGUGACGCGGCCUGCAACGGAAACUAAAACCGAUAAAAGAAGUAGAAAAUGCAGCAUAGUGCGAGAAGAGGAAGAAGACGAGUCUGGCUAUGAAAAUGCAAAUGAUGGCAAUGAAUUGCGUGUAGCUGUUACUCGACGAGAGUCAAUAUCUGAUGGUCGUUUGAAUUGUGUGGUUCAGGAACGAAAGAAGUCCAAUUCUAUUUUGCAAGUGGAUGACCGCCCAAAAAUGACUGCAUCUGUAGAUGCUACAUUAGUACAUAAGCUUAACCAAAUAGAAAAUCAUGCCGUAUGUGAUACAAGUGUGAAGAAGGACGCAUCAAAUUUUAGAACAGCUAAACUACCAGUAGUGGAAGAUGCUUUGAGAGGAAUGAAUGACCUCGAAAUAGGCAAAUUAAAUUCCUUACCUCUGAGUAACAAAAACCCAGUACUAACACAUCGCCGUAGCAAACUAAGCAAAAUUCGAACACCAUCAUGCAGUAGCUCCGAGGCAUCGGACGAUGACACUAAAGCACGUAGCAAGAAAAAGAUGAACAAAUUCGUGGGUGACACUCCAACAAGAUUACGUAUGCACCGACGUGAUUCUCACGAUGAUUCAAGUGAUUCACAAGAUCAAUCGUGUCCCCCGUCUGGGUCCCAAAUACAGCCGACACAAAUAGUUACCAGCAGUAAUACAAACGUAAGCGGAAAAAAGGAUAAUCACAAAAGCAGCAAAGAGCAUAAUAAAACGGAUGAGAAGCGAAAGGACUGUAACUCGUACACAGAACGACAAAAGAAAACUCCAAAAGACGAGAAGAACAAAAGUAAUGGGUCCCUUAAUAGCUCAAAUUCGGAAUUAUUUAUGAUUGGAACAGGGCGACGUCGAGUUCGGGAGAGCCAAUCAUUAGAUCGCAUAACCGAGGCGCAGGAAUACGAAUUUCGUCAAAAAUGUCUUACAUCUGACGUUCAAACCGAUAUAAGGAAUUCGCUAUUUAACGUUAACGCAUAUACUGUUGCAGAAACUAAAGAAGAGUAUGAAGAUGAUGUCAUUUCCAUUGAUUCAGAAAGAAUUAAGAGCGAUUCCAUUUUCCUCAAAAAGGAUUCAACGCACAUACGUGAAAGCAUUUGUAAAUUGAAUUCAAUAGAAGAUAUCAUUCUCGAAGAUAGUAAGAUAACAAAAGCAAUCCAACUUACUGGCUCAAAAUGUUUCGUUACUAUGAAAAAGAUUCGUAAGCUAGGCAAAUAUUUUCCUGUAGUAAAUUUUUCUUAAUACGGCAGGUGUCAAAUGAAACAACUACUCAUACAGAGGCAGAAAUAAUAAAAAUAUACCUAGAUAUUUUAAUUAAAUUAAUUUAAACUUAAAAGUAUAAUCUAAUAUUCAAUGCAAUAUUCUAUUAUUAGUAAUUAUAAAUAAAUCGCAACAAAGUCACAUGCAUUAUGGACGUUCUGAACGUAAUAAAAAAUUUUAA